AUGCCCGCCGAUACCGUUGGAAAGACCAUCACCUGCAAGGCCGCCGUCGCCUGGGAAGCCGGCAAGGACCUCUCCAUCGAAGACAUCGAAGUUCUGCCCCCAAGAGCCCACGAGGUCCGCAUUGAGGUCUACUACACCGGAGUCUGCCACACAGAUGCCUACACUCUGUCCGGCAAGGACCCCGAGGGAGCCUUCCCCAUCGUCCUGGGUCAUGAGGGUGCUGGUGUUGUCGAGUCCGUAGGCGAGGGCGUCACCAACGUGAAGCCUGGCGACCACGUCGUCGCUCUUUACACACCCGAGUGCAAGGAGUGCAAGUUCUGCAAGAGCGGGAAGACAAACCUGUGCGGCAAGAUCCGAGCAACCCAGGGCAAGGGUGUCAUGCCCGAUGGCACGUCCCGCUUCAGGGCCAAGGGCAAGGACCUGCUGCACUUCAUGGGCACAUCGACCUUCUCCCAAUAUACCGUCGUGGCCGACAUCUCGGUUGUUGCCAUUGCCCAGGAGAAGGCCCCGAUGGACCGCACGUGUCUGCUGGGCUGCGGCAUCACCACUGGUUACGGCGCUGCGACAAUCACGGCCGGCAAGGGUGGUGUUGAGAAGGGCGCUACUGUGGCCAUCUUCGGCGCGGGCUGUGUCGGUCUCUCCGUCAUCCAGGGUGCCGUGAAGAACCAAGCCUCCAAGAUUAUUGUGGUGGACGUGAACGAUGCCAAGCAGGACUGGGCCAAGAAGUUUGGCGCCACCGACUUUGUGAACCCAACGAAGCUGAACGGCCAGACGAUCCAGGACAAGCUGAUCGAGCUGACGGACGGCGGCUGCGACUACACCUUCGACUGCACCGGUAAUGUCGGUGUCAUGCGUGCUGCCCUUGAGGCAUGCCACAAGGGCUGGGGUGAGAGCAUCAUCAUUGGUGUCGCCGCCGCUGGCCAGGAGAUCUCAACACGUCCCUUCCAGCUGGUCACCGGCCGUGUGUGGAAGGGUUGCGCCUUUGGCGGUGUCAAGGGCCGCAGCCAGCUUCCUGGUCUCGUCCAGGACUACCUCGACGGCAACCUGAAGGUCGACGAGUUCAUCACCCACCGCCAGCCAUUGACAAACAUCAACCAGGCCUUCAACGACAUGAAGGCGGGCGAUUGCAUCCGCUGUGUGGUCAACCUGAGGGAGUAG